AUGUCUAUGAGGGGGCUGUCGCCCACAGCCAACCUACUCAGGACAUCUAGACUUUUUUCCUUACCACCACCGCUCCCAAGGCCGAGCUCAGAUCUUACAGCAUCCGCAAAUUUUAAAUCCGAUACCGCGACUCUUCCAUACCCUACUCAUGCUGCCAUCGAGACAACCGCAUCAUCUCUUGGCCGAGGUGACUGGGGACUCAAACGACCGUUGCCUCUGAAGUCUACAACAAGGACCUCAACGCCCACCAUCCAUAUCGACAAUGUAGACUCAAUCGACCACAUUACAGACUUCAGCUCCGCUGCAGGUCAUGCUCUGACGCUUCGCAAAUGGCAAGACUUUGGUACGCCUCUAUCAAUGGCGGAGGAGAAGCCGAUAAAAGCGUCGGCGCAGCAAGAGCAUUAUCCACGCAGCGUAUUCGAGUCUAAACAUGACAACACCUACCAGGAUGAAAAUGAUCCCAACAAACAGCGUUGGAAGUACAGCGGCCCUUGGCUGGCGGGAAAGAACGAAGGAGAGUUCAGACGAUACGUGGAGAAGGAUGUGAAAAGGCGACGGCUGGAUUUCAGGCGCUUCUUGCGUGAACGACUAGCGGAGGAAAAGGCAACAGCACGACGACGGGAAGCCACCGAAAGUGGGGAAGAUGUGGAAGGUCCAGAUUCAGUCGCAGUCUCAGAGGAAGAUGUCGAGGUCUACGCCAGGCGCCUGAGGAACGACGAGCAUAAGUUGCACAAACUUGUCGAAGAAUAUCUGGAUUUGCCAAGGGAUCGAGGCUCUGCAACUACCAGCUACGAUAAGAAAGGGCCACCGACAACACAUCCGUCUGCUGGUCUUUCGUAUCUUCGGACUGGGUCCCAUACCUAUAAUCAUCCUUUACUCGGGCCACAAGAAGAACCGGCGCCAGUCCAAGCUCGCGUGAUCAGACCACAGACCACUGCCUCUAAUGCCAAACACGAUAGAGCCUUGAUCGGAGUUGGCGGCGUUGUGGCGGAAGAUCAAAGACAGUCAUUCACGCGCGACUCAACGGGCAUCACAGGCUAUAAUCCGGAUAUUCCUGGUGGUGCAAAAAUCUAUAUUCGUGUCCCUACGAGAGCAAGCGUCGAUUCACGUGGAAGACUUGAUAUUAUAACGAGGCGACCACGUGACAAAACUUCUGAAAAUAUUGCGAAAGGCUACUACUCAUCAGAGGGAGUAGCGCCUCCGCCUGCAGCUGUUGAUGCCGCGCAAUAUCGAGAAACGCCAACAUUGACGAGGUCCAAACUUGAAAGGUCAAGGGAGACCCACGGCUAUGGACUGGAACAUAUGGGUGCUGCAAGAAGCAGUGGGAGAGCUUCGCCAUUUCUUGGACCAGAAGACGAGCUGCCAGAUCUUAAUGGCCUUCUUCGACACGGACGGCAGUCGAAUCAAAAGGGUCGCGUUCGCACGAAGACCGUCAAGAAAUCCGCCAAAGUUAUAAUCGAACGUUACUACCCCAAGUUGACCUUGGACUUCGAGACCAACAAGCGGAUCUGCGAUGAAAUCGCCAUCAUUGCUAGCAAGCGUUUGAGGAACAAGAUUGCCGGCUACACCACCCAUUUGAUGAAGCGUAUUCAGCGAGGUCCUGUGCGUGGUAUCUCGUUCAAGUUACAAGAAGAAGAGCGUGAGCGAAAGGAUCAAUAUGUCCCUGAAAUCUCGGCUUUGGACUUUACGCAGAACACGGAGCAAGGGCAACUGGAUGUGGAUGCCGAUACGAAGGAUCUACUGAAGAGCUUGGGGUUUGAUUCCAUUCCUGUCAAUGUUCAGCCUGUCACUCAACAGCAGACUGUUGAGCGCCCGGGAAGACGAUUUGAGGGGGGCAGACCGCCAAGGACUUAA